ACCUCUCACUAACAAUUACUUUUGGUUUUCCUCCAAGGUGUCCAUGUGUUCGGACUUUGCUCUACAGCUCUCAUUACAGAUAUCAUCCAGCUCUCCACUGGAUACCAGACCCCUUAUUUCCUGACAGUCUGUAAACCCAACUACACAUCCCUAAAUGUGUCCUGCAAAGAAAAUCCAUACGUGCUGGAAGACAUUUGCUCAGGGCAAGAUCUUGCUGUCAUUAAUGCUGGCAGAAAAUCUUUCCCUUCUCAACAUGCCACCCUGGCAGCAUUCGCAGCUGUUUACAUUUCCAUGUAUUUCAAUUCAACAUUGACAGAUUCAUCUAAGUUACUGAAACCACUGCUGGUGUUCUCCUUUAUCAUAUGUGGAAUAAUAUGUGGCCUCACCCGUAUAACUCAGUACAAGAAUCAUCCCAUUGAUGUUUACAGCGGAUUUCUGUUGGGAGGAGGAAUAGCCAUUUAUCUGGGCCUUUAUGCUGUUGGAAACUUUCAGCCCAGCGAGGACAACAUCCCACAGAAGCCUCCUCCACCUCUCAGAGAGCCAUUAAGGUCUUUAACAGACAUUAGCCAAGACACCAGUAGGAUACUACCAGGAAAAAAUGGCAGCAGCAAUGAUGGUAUUUCAUCUCAUCCCUCUGAAAAUAUCUUGAACAGAAACAAUAGAGAAUCAAGCUCUCUUACCAAUAUAAAAAGAGCAAGUACUGAUGUAGAAGUAAUAACCCCUCGAAGCCCCAUGGGCAAGGAAAACAUGGUCACAUUUAGCAAUACUCUUCCCAGAGUUCAUACUCCUUCAAUGGAAGAUUCAGCUAGGAGGAAUGCUACAAUCCAUGCUUCAAUGGAUUCAGCUCGGUCAAAGCAACUUCUUUCUCAGUGGAAGACUAAAAAUGAAAGUCGAAAGCUGUCUUUGCAGGUAAUUGAGACAGAGUCUGGUCUUUCUCCACAAAGAGUAAUAGAAAUGAGAUCAAGCUCUGAGCCUGUUAGGGUUGGUGUUAAUGGAGACCAUAUUGGCCCUGGCAACCCAUAUAUUAAAUUACAGCCUGGCAGUAUGCCAGGUUGUAACAACACAGGUAUUCCUGGUGGACCCAGAGUGUCUAUACAGUCACGUCCUGGAUCUUCUCAGUUGGUACAUAUCCCAGAGGAAACCCAUGAGAAUAUCAUAUCUACUUCACCCAAAUGCAGUUCUGCUAGAUCAAAGUGGCUCAAGGUCGCAGAGAAAAGUGUUUCCUGUAGAAGUAAUAGUCAGCCAAGGAUUAUGCAGGUCAUAGCUAUGUCAAAACAGCAAGGAAUGCUGCAGGGUAGCCCUAAAAGCUCAGAAGGAAGUACAGUUAGUUGCACUGGAUCCAUCAGAUACAAGGCCCUGACAGAACACGAACCCACAAAUAUAGUACGGAUUGAGGCCCAUCCUGAAAACAACAGGCCGAUUAUCCAGAUGCCAUUAGAAGGAGAAGGGAGUGGAUCCUGGAAAUGGAAAGCUCCUGAGAAAGGAACGUUGCGUCAAGCUUAUGAGCUGAAUGACCUCAACAGAGACUCAGAAAGCUGUGAGUCAUUAAAAGACACUUUUGGGACUACUGAAAGAAAACGAAGCAACAUUGAUAAUGAUCACCUCCUUCAUGGAAUAACCACAAUACGGGUGACACCAGUAGAGGGCAGUGAAAUUGGCUCAGAGACUGUAUCUAUUUCAUCAAGCCGUGACUCUACUCUAAGAAGAAAGGGUAACAUCAUCUUAAUCCCAGAGAGAAGUAACAGUCCAGAAAGCACUCGGAAUAUCUUCUACAAAGGAACAUCACCAACACGUACCUACAAAGAAUGA